CUGAACUCUCAAUGGGAGGGAGGAACCAGACGCCAGUGGUGGAGUUUGUCUUCCUGGGUUUCUCCGGCAUUCCAAACAGGCACAUCUACCUCUUCCUGCCAUUCCUAGCCAUUUACUUGGUCACCGUGCUGGGGAACCUCAUGAUAUUUACUCUGAUUCAACUGGAUCCCAGCCUCCGUACCCCCAUGUAUUACUUCCUCAGCCAUCUCUCCUUCCUAGAUAUCUGCAUCUCCUCCGUCACGGUCCCCAAGAUCCUGGUGAACUUCUUGCGCCAGCGACAGACCAUCUCCUACAACCAGUGCAUGGCCCAGAUGUUCUUCCUGCUCUCUUUCACGGGGGCAGAGGCUGCGCUGCUGGCUGUCAUGGCCUGUGAUCGCUAUGCUGCCAUCUGUAAACCUUUGCAUUACUCCCGCCUCAUGAGCCCCAAGGUGUGCACCAUCCUAGCCUUGGCCACUUGGAUCUGGGGUGCUCUAAACUCCACUCUUCAAACAAUGCUCAGCACCAUGUUGUCCUUUUGUGGAGUCAACCAGAUUGAUCACAUCUUCUGCGAUAUCCCCCCACUCCUGAAAAUUGCUUGCAAUGAUGCACAUGUCAAUGAAAUAACAGUCCACAUAGCAAGCUAUAUUGUGGCUGGAGGACCCUUCUUCUUCAUCCUUCUCUCCUACUCCUUAAUUCUGUCCUCCAUCUUGAAGAUCCGUUCCACCACUGGGAAACACAAAGCUUUUUCCACCUGCGGUUCUCACCUACUCGUUGUCGUCAUUUACUAUGGAAAUGCACUGGUGAACUACAACCGUUCAAGCGCUGGUUACUCUUUGGAGACUGACACUUUGGUCUCCAUCAUGUAUUGCAUGGUGUCCCCCAUGCUGAACCCCCUCAUCUACAGCCUCCGCAACAAGGAGGUGAAGGGGGCCCUGAAGAACAUUGUGGGAGGUCAGAAGAAGCCUCUGUGUUUUCAUCACACUACAAGUUGGGGCAAGUGA